UAACGGUGCGGCAGGUGCUCUCCGAAGGAGGCUGGGCUGCGGGGGGAGGGAACAUGGCGCUGGGUACCAGGGCAUCGCGGUGGCUGCUGCACCUGCCGGCCGGGAGUUGCCUCCUCCUCCUCCUGCUGCUGCUGCUCUGCGUGCAGCUCGGGGGCGGACAGAAGAAGAAGGAGGUAGAACCGUUCGCUCCUCUCCGGCGAGCUCCGACCCGGAAUCUGUUAGCGGAAAAGGUGGAACAGCUUAUGGAAUGGAGCUCAAGGCGCUCAGUCAUCCGCAUUAAUGGAGACAAAUUCAGAAGAUUUGUGAAGGCCCCACCUCGUAACUACUCUGUGAUUGUAAUGUUCACAGCUCUCCAGCCACAGAGACAAUGUUCUGUUUGCAGGCAAGCUAAUGAAGAAUAUCAAGUGCUGGCCAACUCAUGGCGCUACUCAUCUGCUUUUUCUAAUAAACUAUUCUUCACUAUAGUGGAUUAUGAUGAAGGAGCAGAUGUUUUUCAACAGCUCAAUAUGAACUCUGCUCCGACAUUCAUGCAUUUUCCUCCGAAAGGUAAACCCAAGAGAGCUGACACCUUCGACCUGCAGAGAAUAGGAUUUGCAGCAGAGCAGCUAGCUAAAUGGAUAGCUGACAGAACGGAUGUUCAUAUUAGGGUAUUCAGGCCUCCGAACUAUUCAGGCACUAUUGCACUGGCUCUUUUAGUGUCACUUGUUGGUGGCUUGCUGUACUUGCGAAGAAAUAACUUGGAGUUCAUCUACAACAAGACUGGCUGGGCAAUGGCGGCUCUGUGUGUUGUGUUUGCUAUGACUUCUGGGCAAAUGUGGAAUCAUAUCCGGGGACCUCCAUAUGCUCAUAAGAAUCCUCAGAAUGGACAAGUGAGUUACAUACAUGGGAGCAGUCAGGCUCAAUUUGUUGCAGAAUCACAUAUUAUACUACUACUGAAUGCUGCUAUCACCAUGGGAAUGGUUCUUCUGAAUGAAGCUGCUACUUCCAAAGGGGAUGUUGGAAAAAGGAGAAUAAUAUGCCUGGUAGGACUGGGUCUCGUGGUUUUCUUCUUCAGCUUCCUGCUGUCGAUAUUCCGCUCCAAAUACCAUGGCUAUCCAUACAGCUUCUUAAUUAAAUGAAUUCAAGUGGGAUACGCAUAAGGCUAAUGUUUACUACGAAGAUAAGCUAUUACUGAUAUUAUCGCCUCAGCUAUAUUACAUUUAUUCAAGAUUCCUGUGUUGGUUCAUCUGUGGGGGUUUUUUGUUUGUUUUGUUGUUGUUGUUGUUUUGUGAUAAGUGACAGUAUUCUUGUAGAGAAAAGAAUUGGUGUUUUUAUACCUUACAUAAAGAAUACUUCAUUUAAUUUAUAGAAACUUCUAUAGUAAAUGUUAAAUAUCUUAAUGGAAGAUGUGGCAAACUGUUAUGCAUACAGUAUAUUUAGUGGUACAGAAUUUAAAGAACGUUAAUUAUAUUGUAUCUUGUGGUUGUAUUGCCACCUUGUUGACAGUUUAUUAAAAAGCCAAAAGGAAAUGGCUGGGGUCUUUUUUGGUAAAGUGUUAUAAAGUUGUCCUGAGAUGCACUUUAGAACCUUCCCACCCCACAAAAAAACAACAGCCCUGCUGUUGGAGAAACCAACAGUUCAAACUGUUAUUUGAUCACAUAGAGUGUAUUAUCAUUUAUUAAUACCACUUGUACAAUAAAGAAAAUAAAUGUUGAACAAGUU